AUGGCUGAAACUAUCAAAUUUGCUCUGACUAAAGAAGAAAACAUAUUCGAACUCUCUCCCAUGUUGUGGAAUAUCAGUAGUAAGUUGGGGAUUACUGUGGUAAAUUGAGAGUUACUGUGGGUAAGAAUAGCUAUAUAGUGAGGAUUACUGUAGCCAUUGCUGUGCAGUAUGGACAGGGAAGAAGUAAGGGCAGAAGUGGCGGAUAAGGGAAUGGGUAGGGGGUACAGGGUAGGGGGGGGGUGAAGGGUAAGAGGUAGAGGGUAGGGAGCAGAGGGUAAAGGGUUCAGGGUAAGGGGUGAUGGGUAGAGGUAAGUAAAAAAAAUAAAUUUAAAAACUUACAGCCUCACCAUUUUUACGUGUAAAUGUGUCGUUCAUGACGACGAGUAGAACCGGUAGAAUCUUAACCAUAUUAGCCCGAUCACCUGAUGAUGUGCUGCGAAACGUGUUCGUUGUAAGUCAUUGUUACCUAAAAUUAAAGAAAAAUCAACUUUUGAUAGCUAAAAUACUGAAAGAACAAAGUCUUGUACGAAAAAAGGUACUUAAAUCACUUGAAAAGUCAUAUUUAUUACCUAAAACAUAAAAAAAAAUAUUUUGUUAUCUAAAAUAUUAAAAAAUGAACUUUUGUAACCUAAAACACAAAAAGAAUGAAUAGACGUAAAACUUUUUUAAAAAAUAAUUUUUGUUACCUAAAAUACAACAACAAUCCAUUUAUGCCCAAAAUUUCAAAAAAAAAUUUUUAUUACACAAAAAUAAAAAAAUCAAAAAUAUUUAUUCUAUGAAGCCCAACAGACCCACAGAAAUGAGAACCAAAAGUUUUAUUUCACCAAAAGGCCGCCAACAAUUUUUCGUUGUGGGACGCAGAGAAGAGUUAAAUGUCAAGGAAAUAUCAAAAAAUACGUCGAAAAAUCCUAAUCCUUGUUUUAACAUUACCUUUUUAACUGAUAAUGGGGAUUUAUUUUCAGAAAAUUCUAUGGAAAAUGUUAUUUAAAGGUUUAUACUUUGAUUUACAAGGAAUUUUUGACACUUUUCAGAUCAAUUUUGAAGUUUUUUCGAUUUUUGUCUUGAUUUUUAGAUUUAAAAGUGGUUUUUCGUAUAUUUUAGGUAAUAAGUGUUAUAUUUUUUGAUGUUUUGGAUAUUAAAAAUGUAUCUUUAAGUUUUAAAUGACAAAAAUAACCUUUUUGUGUUUUUAGGUAACGCACGUAAUAUUUUUCAAAGUUUAGGUAAAAGAAAUAAUUUUUUUGUAAUUUUAGGUAACAAAAUCACAUAUUUUUAUAUUUUAGGUAAUGAAUGUGAUUUUAGCUAACAAAAAUGGUGUUUUUAAUAAUUUUAGGUAUCAAAAAUAAUCUUUUCUUAAACUUUAGGUAACAAAUAGCAGUUUUUUGGAAUUUUAGGUAACAAAGUCACAUAUUUUUAGAGUUUAGGUAACAAUUUUAUAAAUUUGUAGAUUUUAAACAACAAAGUUACUUCGUUUUAUAUUUUAGGUAAUAAAAAUUAGUUUAGACUCUAAAAAUGACGUUUUUGUGUUUUAGGUAAAAAAAGUGAUAUUUUUUCAAAUUUAGGUAACAAACUUUUUGAUUUUUGAAUUUUUUUUGUUUUUUUUGUGAAGAAUUUUAAAUAUUCUCAAGUUUCAGGGCACAAUUCAAGUACAAGAUGAGCAUCUGGGUCUCCGAAUAAUUGAUGCCAAAGAACGACCUCUAGUGCAAUAUGAAUCUAAAGAUACAAGUAAGUUAGGCUAUCUUUUGCUAUUUUUGUUUUAAAAUUGAGUAAAAUACGCGAUGAGACAGAUCUUUGAUUUACAGUGUUUGUAAUGACAUGGUAUAUCAUAAAGAAUGGCAUUAUGCCGAGAGUUACUGUAGGUAAAAGUAGCUAUAUAGGGGUGGUUACUGUAGCUAUGGCUACAGACUAUAGGGAGAAAAGAGGUAGGAAUAGAGUAAGGUUAGGAGUAGAUGUGGGGCUUUCAGUACGGAUAGUGGUAGUGGGGGUAGGGGGGGCAGGGGUAGAUGUAGAGGUGGGGCUUUGGGUAGUGAUAAUGGUAGUGGAGAAGGGGGACAGGGGUAGGGGUCAUGAUACGGCUAGGGGCUUGGGUAGGGUAUGUCUACUGGUAGGAGUUGGGGUAAGCAGGGGCUUUUCUAGAAAUUUUUUGGGGGGGGGUCUCAAUUUUUUUGGUGUUAAGGGGGUGGAUUUACCUGUUCUCCUCCAUUUACCCCUCUUCCCUUCCUAUUCCUCCCCCUCCUCCCCCCCCCCUCCCAAAUUUAAAAUUCAAAAAUUUCAGUCUCAAUCGACGGAACCGACAAUGAAAUGACAUUUCUAUGGAAUCUGACGUCAAAUGCGUUUACAAUUGAUGGUGCAACUGGUACUGUUAAUGUAAAUUCGGUGCUCGACUUUGAAGUACUACAAGUUCAUCUGAGCAUUGGUGACUAUGGGACUUCGGAAGCGUUGUACAGUGAAGGCAGUAUCACGAUAGAUGGGUUGGAUGACAUGGAGGAUACAAUAAGUGACGGCAAUGGCACUUUUGAGGAUUCGAGUUACAUGGACAAGCUUACUAAGCUUUUGGUAGGGUUUUUGAGGGGUUUGGGUUACUGUAUUUGUAGAGGUGUCUUGCUGUAGCUUUAAGAUUUUCUUACUGUAGUUGUAGGAUGCUACAUGGUUCGAAAGUGUUGGCUAUCUUUAGCUUUGUUUUACUGUAGCAUUAGGAUUGUCUUACUGUAUCUUUAGGAUUGUCUUACUGUAGUUGUAGGAUUGUCUUAAUGUAGCUGUAGGAUUCUCUUACUGUAGCUUUAGGAUUGUUGUCUUACUGUAGCUUUACGAUUUUCUUACGGUACCUUUAGGAUUGUCUUACUGUAACUUUGGCUUUGUGUUACGGUUGAUUGAUUUACUUACUUUCCAGCAAGCUAGUAACAUAUCAGCGGCCGAAAUCAUGGAUAAGAUAAAGAAUAUUGAAGAAAAGACCAACAAAAGGCUGAGACAGCUAUGCACAGCUCACGAGAAAAGCCAGUGUGUCAACGCUGAGAAUUGCAAAAGAAAUUCAGACAAAGCUACGUUCAAUUGCAUCUGCAAAUAUGGCUAUGGCGGGACUUAUUGCCAGUUUUGUAAGUGGUUUACUUAGAAAAGAAAUUUUUUUAAAAUUUAAAUUUUUACUUUUACUCUUACUUUUAUAGUCUAAGUUCUACCUGUACAUCAAUUCUUACUCUCAACCCUACUUCUAUUCUUAACCUCAUCUUUUACUCUCUUACUUUUACCCUUAUCUUUGCUCAUAGGCUUACUCCUACUCUUAUAUCUAGCUAUACCUUUACCCCUGCUUUUACUCCUAGCUUUUUUCUCUCACCUUCUUACUUUUACUUUUACGCCUAAUCUUAUAUAGCCUUAGUUAGAAAUGAGCAACGGCCGGUUUUGACCCAAAUUUCAAUUGUGCCGGGCCUGAAAAUUAAAGACCGGCCCGAAAAGUCCGGCCCGUUUGCAAGUAAAAAAAUUGGAGUCCGACCGGGUUUAAGCAAAAUUUAGAUCCGUCCCGGCCUAACACUCAGGCUUGGCCCGUUCUUUAUGUCUACAUUUAGUAUUACCUUUACUUCUACUUCUAGUGUCUUCUUCCUUACUCUCUUACUUUUCCUUACCCUUAGUCUUAUCUCUACUCCUAUCUCGGCUCCUACUCUAACUCCUAUCUUUAAAUCUAUUUCUACCCUUUAUUAGAAGAUGUACCCCUACCUUUAUUCUUAUCUCUACUCUUGCUCUUAUUCCUAACUGUACUCUUACUAUUAUACUUAUCUCUACCUCUAUUCCUACGCAUACCUCUACCCUUCAUUAGAAAAUCUAUCUGUCCCUCUACACUUAUUUAUUGCUACUUCUGUCCUACUUGUAUUAUUAUUUCUACCCUUACUUCUACCUUUUUUUUAGGAAAUCUACCUUUUGCGCUAUCUCUACCUUUACUUUUACCCUUGCUUUACUUUUGCCUUACCUUACUCCCACGUUUCUCUCUGCUUUUCUUUUAUUCCCUGUCUUAUAAAUUAAAAAGCUAAAAUUAAAGUACUAUUAUUCCAGCCCUCUUCCCCCGAACCUGUCACGAAGCGAUAGAUAUGAAUAACAAAACGGCAGGGGUGAUGGAAAUCGACCUGGACGGGGCUGGUGUAAUGCCAGCAACUUUUGUAAAUUGCACGGAAAAGGGGGAGACAAUAGUGGAGACGAACGUGCCAAAAGACGUUGUGAUAAGGUCGGCUGAGGAUAAGGGCAGCAAGUACUUUCCGGUUAUGUAUAGGUACGGUUUUUUAGGAAUUUCUGGUGUUUGGGGGCGUUUUUUGGAUUUAAGCUGUGGGUUCUUUUGUGGCCAUGGGUAAUUUUUUGAGGGUGUGGUAAAAUUUUUGGGGAUGGAUUUUUUUUUGGUAGGGGUGGGGAGGGGUAAAUUUUUUUUGGGCAUGGCAAUUUUUUGAAAUCAAAGGGGGUGGGGAAAUUUUUUGUGCGUGGUAAUUUUUUUUGUAUGGGGGGGAAGUUGAUCGUUUUUGGGCAUGGAAUUUUUUUUGAGGGGUUGGCAGGGGUAAAUUUUUUUGGGCAUGGGUAAUGUUUUUAAGCGCUGGGGUAAGGAUUGGAAAUAUGAUUUUUAUGGGCAUGGUAAUUUUUUGGGAAGGGUGAUUUUUUUGGACAUGGUAUUUUUUUUUGGAAUUUGAAGGGGUGGGGAAAAUUUGUUUGGGCGUGGUAAUUUUUUAAGAUAGGGUGGAUCAUUUUAUAAUUUUUUUUAUUUUCAGUUUAUUUUCCUAUCAACAACUGGAGCUCUUAAAGGAUAUCAGUAGCCAUUGUGUUCAAGAAGUGUCAUAUUCAUGUUCUGGAGCUCCAUUAAGGUUUGACAAGAAUGCUACUUGGUUCGAAAGUGUUGGCUAUGACUUUCAAAUUCGAAGUUUGGGCAGCGAAGGGCGGUACUUUGGAUGUGAUUGCUCAAAGGCGAAUUUGUGUAGUAAGUGGAUUAUUAUGGAAGGGGGGGGAGUUGGGUUGUUUGGGUACUGUAGGGUAGGGUAUGGUAAGGCAGAACACGACAGAGGACCGCAGGUUAGGUAGGGUAAAAUAAAGUAAGGUAAAGUAAGUUAAGAUAGGGCAUGGCAGGACAAGGUGCGGUAUGUUAAAGUUGGAUAAGGCACGUUACAGUAGGUUUGUGUGGGGUAGAGUAAGGAGGGUUAGAUAGAGUAAAGUUGAGUAGGGUAGAGUAGGGUAGGGUAUGGCAUGGUAGGGUAGGGUAGAGUAGGGUAAAGUAAAGUAGGUUAGAGUAGCGUAGGGUAGGAUACAAUAAGUUACCGUAAAGCAAUUUUUCUUCAGAAACCUGCUACUGUGACAACAUAACCCUAAACUCAAAAGACACCGGUCGAUUUCUAAACGAAAAGGCAGGAAUUUCAAAGAUCUACAGUAAGACAAUACACCCUACUUAUGGUCAAGGACUUUUCAACCUAGGACCCUUAGUAUGUUCAGGCCAUAGAGGACAUUCCUCAACGUUUUCAUUCACAUUCACGUCAAAGAACGCUUAUGUUGAGAUCGGCUACCGAGAGAACGUUCGAUACCUACAACUCGAGUUUAGAACAGCCAUGUACAAUAUCGAAAAGCUGAUAAGUGGCUACGAUGAUAGGCAUGGUAACUUUACAAUAUCUCUUCAAAACGGUCAUAAAGUAAAGUUUGAGUACUACAAAGGUACUAAAAGUGCCACCAAUGUGAGUAUGGUGCUAGAAGCACCACUAAAGCUGAACGAUCUGAAAUGGCAUCGAGUCGUGGUGGAGGUGGUGAAAGAAGAGGUCAGACUGGCUGUCGAUGAAUAUAAUGAAUAUCAGCUAGCUAAAGACUUUAUCGCGUUAAGUAUGGCAGUAUACGUUGGAGGGUAUAAAGGUAGUGGCAUUGUUGGCUGUGUGAGGAAUGUUAUGAUCAAUCAACAGCUGGAGGCUCCUGGGUUUGAAACUGGUGAGUGGAUUCGAUAAGGGGCAGGGACGUUGCAAUAGACGUUUUUUAAAGGGGGGGGGUAAGAAUUUUUUUUUGAGAGGGGGUGGAUUACUCGCAUUCUGGACUUGAAAAGUAGGCUUGGGACCAAAAAGUUUUUUUUACGGGCCAGGCCACGCUUAAAAUUUUCUUCACGGGCCGGACCGGCCCUGAGGAAAUGAAAAUGUGCGUAGAGCCCGGUCCUCGGGCGGGCUAGAAAAGUAGACUUAAGUUAAAAAUUUUUUUUGCGGGUUGUACCAGACUGAACUAGAAUAAUUUAGACUAGGCCGGUCAUGAAAAAAGUAUUUUAGGUAACAACUUUUAGCAAAAGUUUAAUGAAAAAUUAAUAAAAAAAAUUUUUUAGGCGGUGUAAAAUACGGAUGUGUAAAUUCAUGCGAGAACACUACUUGUCCUGAACAAAUGAAAUGUGUAGAAGACUUUGUCAAUAGUAGUGGACAUUGUGAAUGUAAAGACUCAUUGACUCAGUAUGGGGAGAGAUGUGAAUUUGGUAGGACAUUUUUAUGGUUUUUUUAUUUUUUUGAGGGAGGAUUGGACAAUAAGUUCAUUUUUGUUAAACGGGCGGGUGGACUAUCUUAGGUUAUCAAAGGGCAGGGUAAAGUGAGGAAUGGUAGGUUGGAUGAUGGUAGGGUAGGAUAAGGUAGAGUAAUAUGGGUAAGAUAUGAUAGGGUAGGGUAGUGUAAGAUAUGGUGAACUGGGGCAUGGUAGGAUAUAAUUGAGUAGGGUAGGAUGCGGUAUGGUAGAGUCGAGUGACCUACAGUACGGUGUAGUAGGAUUAUACAUGGUAUGUGGAGAGGCUAGUUCUACUCGUGGCCCUAUCUCCACCUUUAUUCGUACCUUUACCUUCAACUCUACCCCUACUUUUACUCAUACCUUCUCCUCUACCUCAAGUUUAACUUUUACCUUUGCCACUAUCCUUACCUCUACCUUUACUCCUAUCUACUCUCUCUCUUCGACCAUAAAAUACUUUUAUAUUUCACUUCGAAAUCUAAAAUGACAUACUUUCCAGACAUAAACGUGGACUCAGAGAUCUCCUUCCACGAUGCCAACUCAGCUUUUCUUCAAUAUGUCAAUGAUGAGCUUCCUUCGAACCCACUAACCUCUAACCUUGUCUUAUCAUUUCGAACUGAUCAAAGAAAGGCUCUAUUGCUCUAUGCUCAUGAUCAGUUUGACAAUUUCAUUCAGAUUCAUCUUCAAAGUGAAUAUCGUCUUGUGUUGACAAUUUCAAAUGAAAGUGAAGUCAAGUCGUGUGAGGUCAUGGCUAGUUAUUCGAAUGGUAAGGCGUGGGGUUUUGGUUUUGGAGGGUAAGAUAGGGUUUAGAUGACAUUUUUUGAAAAUAUCUCGUCGCUCUAAGUAUUAAAUGACAUUUUUAUUAAAUAUGUCAUCUUUUGAACAUAAAAUGACAUUUUUAUUAAAUAAUUUAUUUUUUUACUAUUAAAUGGCUUUUUUGAUUAAGUUUGUUAUUUUUAGCAAAAAAUGUCAUUUUAGUUUGAAAUUGACAUAUUUUUACUAAAAAUGUAUAAAAGUGACAUUUUUGUGAUUUUUUGCUUAAAAUGACAUAUUUUUUGGUAAAAAUGUCAAUAAUGAUUUAUUUUGGCCUGAAAUGUUGUAACUGACAUAUUUCGGUUGAAUAUGUCAAUAAUGACAUACUUUUAUUAAAAAUCUUCUAGUUGGACAUUUCAUCGACCUUUUAGCUUUAAAAUGACGUAUUUUUACUUAAAAUGUCAUAAUUGACAUAUUUCCCGUAAAUAUGUCAAUAAUGACAUUUUUUCUUAAAUUUGUCAAGAAAUGAAAUUUAGUGCUAUUUUUGCCAUAAAAUGACACUUUUUAUAAAAGAUUACAUUUUGUUACCUAAAAUGUCAUUUUCCAGAUUUUUCAAAGAUGAGAUGGAUUCAGUUAUCAGUGAAACAACGCCCAGAUUCUAUCAUCUUUGAAGCUGAUGGUAGCAUUUGUGAAAUCAAAGGUCAACAUAUACUGUCACAACGACCAAUUUUGAAUUUUACUGGGGAUACCGAGAGUAAGUUAUGACAUUUUUUUCAAAAGGUGCCAUUUUUUUUUGAGAAUGUCAUUUUUAAGUGACAUUUUUUAAUAUGUUUUACUCCUUAGCCUACCCCUACCGCCGCUAUGAACACUGUUUAAAAAUGACAUUUCUUUAAACAUGAUUCAAAUGCCAUUUCAGAUAUGAUCUACCUACCUCAUUCGCCAGUGCCAAUAAUAGCUGUCCAUCGAUACCUAACCCUAUUCAUUGGUGGUGUGCCAAGGAUGACAAACUCAAAAGAAAGAAGAUUCAGAGGGGUCAGAAGGGCUUACUAUGACAGUCAACUGCCAUCUCUAAUGGGAUGUGUUCGAGGAGUGGCAUUUCCUGACAAAAACAAGGGAAAAAACCAGUUGAAUACUAAGAUUGGAGGCUUCAAAAAGGAAAAUUCUGGUAUGAAAUUUUAAAAAAUUUUUUCAAAUUUUGAUUAUUAUUACCGGGAAAAGAAGGUAGGGGUUGUGGUAGGAGUAGGGGUAGAGAUGAAGGUGGAGGUAGGGAUGAGUUCAUUUUAAAUUAGUAUGAAAACUUUAACAGGAAACAGUCGUGACAUCGUAUUUUACCUUUUUAGCCUUCUUUGUUUUUUUAGCCUAUUGUAUUCUUACGUAUUAGGCUCAACCUUAACCUAACUUACCGUAUUGUAACCUACUCUUACUCACUUUCACUCUGCGUUAUCAUAGCUGGCACUAAUCAUACCUUACUCAACUGUCAUUUGUUUUAUUAUAACAUGUUUCAGUUUACAGUAUCAGUUUGCUUUACUCUAUUUUGUUCUACUUUACCGUAACCCACUUUACAGUAAUCUAUUUAUCUAACUCUAUCUUACCCUACCUCACCCUAUUUUACUUUCCCGAAGUUUAUUUUACCCUACCCUACCCUACUUUACCCUACCCUACUCUACCCAACCCUACCCUACCCUACUUUACACUACCCUACCCUACCCUACCCUCUCCUAUCCUAUCUUACUCUGUUUAACUUUACAGUAGUCUACCUUGCAAUAUCUUACCUUACUUUACCUUAUCUUAUUAUUACCGUGUUUUACGCUAUUCUACCUUAUCUUAACUUAUCGUAACUUGUCUUGCUCUACCAUAUUCUACCCAGCGAUGCCUUGCUAUAAUCUCAUCUUACUAUAUCCAUCUUGUAGUAAAAUCCGCCUUACUCUAACUUCACAAAAUCCAAUUUUAGAAUUAAUUCAAAUGGGCUGCUCAAACGCUUGUGACCUAAUAAAAUGUCAGAAUGGAGGUUUCUGUGCUAUAGAAUGGCACCAAACCCUAAGGUCAUCGUUGACCAAAGUUGGUUGUAACUGUGGUAGAACUUCGUUCCUAGGCCAAGACUGUUCUCGAGACUAUGGACUAAGGUUUGAUGGUCAAACAUCGCUUGGAUAUGAUGUCAGUAAAGGCAUGGGUAACAUAAAGGAUGACAGUUUGGAACAGAGGAUCAGUUUUGCUUUUAAUACCAAAAAUGCAAGGAAACUGAGGGCUGAACAACGGCUGAUGACUUUUAGCUUUAUGGUAGGUUAAAGUGGCAUUUCGACAUUAGUUUGAUUGAAAAAUGACAUUUUUUGUCGGGUGAUAUAAUAUUUGAGUUUUAAAAUGACAUUUUGACUUAAUUUUUUAAAGUGACAUUUUUUUUGUAAUCCGUGACAUUUCUUUGCACGAAAGUGCAGUUUUAAAAAUUUAUGACAUUUUCUGGUUUUAAAAUGGCAUUUCUUAAAUUUGUGAAAUUUUUUGGCUUAAAAGCGACAUUUUUUCGAAAUCUAUGACAUUUAGAUGUUACUUUAAUUGAAAAAUGACAUUUUUAAUAAAAUUACUUCAUAUUUGAGCUUCAAAAUGACAUUUUGACUUUAAUUUUCGGCUUUAAGGUAACUUUUUUUUGAAAUUUGUGACAUUUUUCAAAAUUUACGGUUUUUUUGGUCUAAAUUGACAUUUUUUGAAAUUUUUGCUAUUUUUGAGCUUUAAAGAAACAUUUUUUAAAAUUUAUGACAUUUUUUGAUCUCAAGUUAACAUUUUUUACUUUAUAAUAACAUUUUUUGAAAUAUAUGACAUUUGACUUCAUUAUGCUUAAAAAAUGACAUUUAUGACGUUUUUUGACUUAAAAUGACUUUUUUUUCUUAAAAUGACAAAUAAUGGCAUUUAUGUCAGUUUUUUUUCAAAUUUAUGACAUUUUAUGAUGACAAUGGGACAUUUUUUUAUUUUUUUCUAACAUUAUGACAUUUUUUGAGGCGAAGAUGACAGUUUGUGGCAUUUUUUUAAAUAUGACAUAUUUUGCUUGAAUUGAUAAAACUUCCGACAUUUUUUAAAAUUUUUUGACAUUUUUCGAUGUCAAAAUGACAUUUAUGACAUUUUUUAAAAUUCCACAUUUUUAAGCUUUCAAAAUGACAUUUUUAGAAAGACCGUCUCUUUCAAAUAACCCUUUGUAAGAAUGGCUCUCUACUGUUUGGCUACAGAAGUGAUGGCUCUGUAGCUACAACAAUAUCAGGCAACUUUUCGGAUGGAACUCGCCACUUUAUUCAACUUCACUUUGACACUUUUCGGCCGGUCGAGAUACUAGUGGAUGGUCAGGUGACUGAGCUUGAGAUUGACAGUGACUUGAAUGAGUUGGAAGAGGUAUGGAUGGGCAGUGCGACGCCAGAAGAGCUUGAGAAAGCUACACGGGCUACUACACAAAAGUUUGAAGGAUGUGUUUCUAGUAAGUGCGGGAAGAAAGGGGUGAAUUUGAUGUAAUAGGGUAAAGUUUAAUGGUAGGGUAAACCUAGAAAAGUUGAGUUUAAGUCAAUCUUAGUUUUGGGUAAGAUGGGGUAGGGUACGGUUGAAUAGGGGUUUGAGGGUAGAGUAAAGUAGGGUAACGUGUGGGUUGGGUAUAGGGGUAAGGUAAAGUAGGAUGGGUAGGGUAGGAUAUGAAAGGGUUUGGUACAGCAGGGUAAGGUAGAGUAGGGUAGAAUUCAUUAGUGUGGGUUAAGGUAGGGUAAAGUAGGUAAAGUAUGAACUCGGUAUAGUGGUUACUGUAGGGCAGAGUAGUGUGAAACACGGUGCAACGGGACGGUAUGACAGGCUACUAUAAGGUAAAGUAACGUAAGUUUGGAUAAGGUAAGAUAGAAAGAAGUAGGGUGUAUUUAUCUUUCUUUUACACUUUCCUGUAAUCUGCUCUCUCCCUUCUUUUUCCGUUUCACUCCUCCUCUUCCUUUCCCCUCCUCUUCCUUAAUUAUUUCUCCAUUACCCUUUUACCUCCUAGCCUAAAUCCACAAAGUCUAAUUGUAAGGCUGAUCUUUUGAAACAUUUCAUUCAUUAUUCAAAAACGAUGCUUUUUUGCAAUAUUACAGCUUUUUAAAAAACAUUUUGCGGAGUUAUGUAAUAUAAUGAUACAAUAAGAUAGCCUUAGAGAAAUUACAAGAAAUGUUGUUGCGCAACUUUUUCUUAUGUAAUAUUAUGGUUUUACAUAACAUUUGCCUCUGUGUAAAACGACCCAAAAAAUUACUGCGAGUGCUGGGUAGCUUCGUUUUUACGUACCUAACUCUACCCUACCCUAAUCUACCCAUUCUUACUCUUUCUUACUUUACCCUACCUAACCCUAUCUUACCAUACCUUACUCUUCCCUACUCUACUCUAUCUUAUUCUCCCUUACUUUAAUCUAACUUACCUUACACUACCCUAACUUACUUUUUCCUAUUCUACUCUAACUUACCCUACCUUGCUCUGCUUCACUUUACCUUAGCCUAAGUUAUAGGGGAUGGUAAAACUAGAGCUGGUUUUGGGUAGGGCACGGUUAAAGUUAAUAAAAAGCUAUAUUAUAGUAGGAAUUUUGCUAAAAAAUGUCUUUUCAGUAAAAAAACUGGUAUAUCUUGAUCAAAAUUGUAUUUCAGAUUUACUGCUGACAUUUUACGGUGAAAAUACAGUAUCCUUGACACCUACAAAAGACUAUUUGGAUUGGACGUUGAAUGAUAAGGAUGACUUCUAUUUGCAUCCAGAAGGUGUUCGGGCUAUAACGCCAGCUCAGUGUGGUGAAUUUGAAAAGCCCGGUAAACUGCCGGGUAUGUUAUGUUUUGGCGUUUGUUUUGAAAAAAAUUUUUUUUUCAAGUUUAAUAAAAAUUUGAAUUUUCAAAAAAAUUUUUAAAUUUCGAAAAAUUUUUAAAUUUUGAAGGUCAAAGCUAAAAAUAUAAUGUUACAGUAGAACAAAUUCACAUUCAAUUGCCAGUCUGGGACGCGCCUUUUGAACCCAUCUACUUUAACACUACAGUAACCAUUGUACCUCAUACUACGAUCAAAUACGACUGGUUAAUUAUUGCCGUGGCCGUUCUAUUCAUUUUCUUUGCCACAGCUCUGAUACUGGGUGUCAGUUACUUGUUCUUCGUAGCCAGGGCACCUAAGAAAGGACAAAAAGGUACGGUAUUGUGGGGAUAGGGUAUGGUGAAGUUGGAUAGAGUUGGGUAGGGUAGGGAACGGUAUAGUCGGGUAUAGUAGGGUAGGGUGAAGUUGGGUACGGUAAAGUAGGGUAAGAUAGGGUACGGUUGGGUAGGGUGCGGUAAGGUAGGGUACGGUAGGUUAUGUAUGUUAUACCAAGGUAAUUUAGGGUACGGUAGAAGAAAUUAAGGUGACGUACACUAAGAUAGACUGAGAAAGGGUAACACUACCUUGUAGCUAAGGUAUCAUGGAGUAUUGUAAACAUCACCUUUUGCUAUCUUUCAUCAUUUUAGGUAUUAAAAACUGUUCUCACAACUUUAUGUCAACAACCGAUCAAAGAAAGUCUCAAACACCAUUGUUAUCAGAAAGUCCAACAACUUUGGCCGAUCAUGAUCUUGUAAGUUGAAAUAAAAUUGUAGUGGACCUACCUCUCCUCCAGAGCCAAUUUUGAAAAUGUUCUACAUGGUACCUAGAGGCAAAAACAUUAUUUCGCAAAAUCUAAAAAAAAAUUUUCUAGUUUUUAUCAAAUAAUUUUUUGAUCUUUUGCCAGGCCAGUGACACCUACAGUGACAUAAGUGACCGCCUUCGACUGGAAAGCCCCAACCCAAGGCCGCUUUCCACCUUUCGAAGCCUAAACUCAAACGAUCUCAUCCAACAAUCCAGUCUGCCCAUCAUCGGCGAAGCGGCCGAGGAAAUCAGUUAUGCUGACGGAGAAUAA